UUAGCAGACCAGAUGGGCGGGCCAACAGUGACGUCAGUGCACACAGGUAGUCUCGGGGUGUGCCCUUGAAGGCAGAGGCUUUAUCCGAUAUAUGGAAAGUGUAGGUACUAUCUCAAAGAACAGAUCGUCGAGAGUUCACAGACAUGGAUUUGUCUCGGUUUUUGUUGCUCAUCUUAAUUCUCUGCUGGUUUUCUGCCACAAAUGCGAGAACAGAGAAAGGACGGGGAUUCUUCGGUGUUGUUGACCCUGAAAAUUCAGGACAAGUAGUUGUGGACAAGACAACAUCAGACACGCUGAAGAAUGGGCUCACCACAGUCUUCCUCCCAGUCGUCUACAUAAUUGUAUUUGUGGUGGGGUUUCCUGCCAACUGCAUGGCCAUCUGGGUCUUCCUCUUCAGGAUCAAGAAGAAGCAUCCGUCAACGAUCUACAUGGCCAACCUGGCCCUGGCUGACCUGCUGUUUGUCAUCUGGAUACCUUUAAAAAUCUCCUACCACUUCAAUGGCAACAACUGGAUCUACGGAGAGGGGCUGUGCAAAAUCUUUGUGAGCUUCUUCUAUGGGAACAUGUACUGCUCUGUGCUGUUCAUCACCUGCCUCAGCGUGCAGAGGUACUGGGUCGUGGCUCACCCUCUGUCCCAGCAGAGGAAGAACAACAAAGUGGCUGUCGGUGUGUGCGUAGCCAUCUGGGCCUUCAUCUGGCUCACCAGCACCCCUCUGUACCUGUACAAACACACCGCCAAGCUCAAAGACCCCAACGUGACCACCUGCCACGAUGUCAGUAUCAUACAUGACCCCGAAAAUCCGUUCCCCUCUGUGCAGCUCCCCUAUUACUACUUCAUCUUCAUGGGCAUGGUUGUGUUCCUCGUCCCUUGUGUAGUGAUCAUUGUGGCCUACAUCCUGUUACUCAGGGCCCUGGGGUCCAACAUGCAGGAAAGCACAGCAUCAAAGAACCGAAACAAAGCUGUUCUAUUGAUCGUGACCGUCCUGGUGACAUUUGUAGUGUGUUUCAUUCCUAGUAACAUCAUGCUGGUGGUGCAUUACUCUCUACUGAAAGAUGGCGUGAUAAAUAAUGGUUACAGCUUCUACAUCACCACUUUAUGCCUGGCCAGUCUCAACAGCUGCCUGGACCCGUUCAUCUACUACUUUGUGUCUGAGGACUUCAGAAGCCACGUGAAGAACACGUUGCUGUGCCGGAGCAGCAGGACUGUGGAGAGGAUGAGAGUUUCAUUCAGCUCCCUGAAGUACUCCAAGAGGAGCAAGUCGUAUGUGUCGGGUAGUAGGAACACACAGAGCAGCACCUGUUAGCCAGAGCAAGGAGAUGGCAUGGUUACCACUGUGUUGUACAGGCUGUAAUAAUGGACAUAAGGCCCAUCAGUGGCAGCUAGGUAGCCUCGGCAUCACAUAAACAAACAUGAAGAUGAUUGUGCUGGGAUGAGACUAUUUAAAGAUAUCUUCAAUAUGAAAUGUGGUUUGGUGUUAAAAUGUGAAACCUGAAUAUAUAUAUGUAUAGUUAUUUGUCUUAUUUUAUAUAAAUGAAAUGAGGCCAUUUAGCCCGUUUGGCUGCACAGGAUGUCUGAGAAACGUGGAUUUCACUGAGAUUUUGACUGACAGGCUUAUUGCACUAAAGACCUGAUGUUCACACAGUAAAACGAGGGUUCUGACUUUUGGUGAAUUCCUGCAGCCAA